GGCAGCCGAUCGGGACUUAUUCCCCUCCCUCUCCUUUCUGUCUGUAUGCUUCUGUCCCCCGAGCCAAUGUGAGAUCAUCGGCUGGUCUAAGAGGGGGUAUUGUCUAGGUUAUUAUACCCCUCCCCACUGACAUACAACUAGAGGGAUACAGGCGGAUGGGGGAGAUAAAUCCCCAAAAAGGAGGAGGAGAAAGGACAUUUAAAACAUCGGAGAAAAAGAAAAGGCUGAUUACCCUCCCACCUCCAUCUAGUGGGAGGAGAAUACAAUAACACAAUAAGUUAUUAUAUACUUGGUAUAUAACAUUACCUUGCACGUAUCCUAAGGCUUCCUAUUGGCAUUCCUAUGGCGAUCCACCUGCAGGAAAGGAGCUCUUGAUUACAAACCAUGGAAGACUGCCUUCACACCUCAUCAGAAAACCUCUCCAAGCUGGUAAGCUGGGCUCAUAGUCAUGGGACCAUUUGUAGCCUUAUUCCAAACCUGAAGCACUUGCUUUCUGAGGGCUCCCAAGGCACCUUAACAGCUAUGUGGGGCUGUAGUGCUGGACAUGCUUACCACUGGCCAUUGACUACCACUUGUAGGGCUGGGCCCCAGGAAAGAGUGUGUUUCCAGGACACAAGAAGCUUUAACUCUGAUAGCCCUAGCAUUAUAGGAUUACCCUCGGAGACUCAAACUAGUCCUUUGGAAAGGUACCCAGUAAGAUCUGGGAAAAACAAAAUAGACUGUAACCGAACAAGGGACUCAUGUGAUUUUUCAUACUGUAGUGAACCAUCAGAACUUGAUGACCCUGUAGAGGAAUAUGAAGAUGAAGCAACCUUAUUUGACAUGGUUUGUGAGUCUUCAGUUACAGAUGAAGAAAGUGAUUCUGAGCGUAAAGCUGUGCAGUCGCCAAGUGUUUCUCGUAAGAGGCCAAGUGGUGGUCCAAGUUCUUCACUUUCAGGAUCUCAAUCACAUGUUGCUGAGGAGGAUAGCAGUGAUCUAAUAGUUAAAAAAAUUAAACAGGAGAAUCCUGAAGACUAUUUCAUUGUUGCUAAUGCAGAAAUCACUGGUGGUGUUGAUGGACAGUCAUUAUCUCUUACACAGAUGUCCAAACCGAAGAAUCACACACACCCCUCAUCUCCCUUUGUGGGACCCUCAAAACCUCCCAACAUUAUGCCAAUUGCCAUAAACAAUGACCUAGGAAUGCAACCAUUAACACCCUCUCCAUUGGUUUUACCAAGAUUACCAACCCAGAAAACAUUGAGGUCAACCUUGGCUUCUCAAAACAAAACUCCUCCUAACACUUCUGCUGUCAACCAACAAGUAGCGCUUCAAAUGCCUGUUAGCACUUCCACAGGGAACACCAACCCGCCUAUUAACAUACCCCUCUCAGCUCUUCAGUUACCCAGCCAAGAGAAGAUGGAAACCUCAGAAGAGCUACUUCCCCCUGUGCUGAAGCCAGCAUUGUCCUGUGAAGCAGCAUACUCUCCACCAAUCAGUGCCGAGCCUGAAGUCAGCUCCAGUCAACAACAGCCGAAUAGCAUUCCCAACAUCACCUUUGAGGCAACAGCACAGUCAAAUCCAGAUGAUGAUGAAGUUGCUGCUGAACUGAGUCGGGAACAAAAUGAGAAAACUAUUCGCAGCACCCAGACGGCUCUGCGAAAUUUUCCAUACUCAACUAAACUCAACAGAUUUCCCAUCUUUAAUUUUCAUGAUGAUCUGAAAGACUUGUGCAUUAGUGCAGUAAGCUCCAACACCACAAAGGCUACCUUGUAUGCUCUAAAUGUGUGGCGCUAUUGGUGCAUGACAAGGGGACUAAAGGACUGCAUGGACUUCACAAAGGUUCCUGCAGUGAAGUUGAAUGAACUUCUAGAGGACUUUUAUGUGACAGUGAAAAAAACUGAUGGCUCCGACUUUUUGGCAACCUCUCUACAUGCCAUACGAAGAGGCUUAGACCGUAUCCUGAAGAAUGCUGGAGCUGGCUUCUCUAUCACAAGUAGUGUCUUCAACUCCUCCUCUCAGAAGCUCAAAGAAAAGCUGAGAGUACUUAAUAAAGCUGGCAUGUCUGGCUCUCGUUCACGUCACAUAGUCUACUUCUCCCUAGCAGAUGAGGAGGAAAUGUGGCGGACUGGUUGCCUAGGUGAUGAUGGUCCAUCGCCAUUGUUGUCCUCUGUGGUGAAAUACAACAGUCAGUUUCUAAACAUGAGGACUUUACAGGAACAUGCAGACCUAAUGUAUGGUGAUAUUGAGUUGCUCAAAGAUUCAAACAAUCGUCCUUUCUUUGCUAGAACAGACUGUGUGAAGCGAGACAAGCAAGCUAACCCUAACAAGAUAUGCUAUGGGAGGAUUUACCAUGAACAUUCAAAGGGACACAGACGGUGUCCUUACUGUCUUCUGUAUAAGUUCAUGUAUACUUAUCGCCCACCUACCCAGAUGGAAGUUAAUUCACCCUUUUACCUGACUGCUCGGAAAGAGAUUAAUGGGAUGGAAAAAAUCUGGUAUGAGGAGCAGAGAAUGGGUCUUCGUUCUUUGCGUGGUGUUGUCCCCAAACUGGCAAGACGUAUUAAGCUUGAUCAAUGUGACAAUUAUACCUUUGUGUCAUUUACUCAGACUUUCAGAAAACUUGCCCCUAUUAACAACUAUUAACAGCUUUAACAAUAAAGAAUUACUUGCACAACAGUGACCAACAAACUACCAUUAAGACUGUCUGUACUAUCAACCAAUGGCAUAUUUUAUUACAUUAGUAUUGCUAAUUUUUGAAUAUCCAAAGCAUGUUAAGACAAACAACAUAAUAGUGCCUUUCAGCACCUGUUUUUAAAGAAAUUCUGUAAGAAAAACACAUGGAUAUUGCAUUGAACAUGACUCUUUUGGAAUCCCAGUUUCAAAAGGAAAAAUAAUAAUUUUGUUAUUAUAGUGUUUCACCUUCAGCUACCACAGUAAGCACAGGAAGCCUUCUCACCAGCAUACUAGAACUGAAAGGCAACCGCUUCUGAACAAUAAACAAAUAAAUGAUUGUGUUUUCUGUAAUGGCAAGGUGUGUUUGAAACAGAUACAGAAGAAACUGCUGUUACCAGUUUACUCAACACAUGAAAUUCUAUUCAAGUUUUUAACACUGUCGAGAAAUUUAAUAAGGAUUCUCAGGCCUAUAUAGAGGCAACUACUACCGAAAAACCUCACAAAGUUACUAUAACAUUUACAGAAAUAGCUGAGCCAAGUACCAUAUCCCCAGAUAUGUCAUCUACCAUUAAACAGUUUUACACUUUUACAUUUUUUGGGAAAUGAUGUCCAGUGUAAAUUGUAGUUAGAUAAGUAAACACCUCGUUAACUCUUACCACUCCUAACUUUUUUAUACUUGAAUAUUAAUCAUUAUAUACAGAAGAGAUAACGUGAUAUCCUUUACUUUGGUAUAGUUAAGUAAUGUUUAUGUAAAAUUAGUAGCUCUCAAUGCAAAAGGUUUUUUUUUUAGAAUGUGAUCUGCUUGACACUUUUAUGUGACAACUGACCAGUAGAUUUAAAAAGUGGGGUUCACUGUUAAUAUCUUUCAAAUGGAAGCACUGGAUUUUCAAAUAAUAAUAAUAAUAAUUAUUAUUAUUAACUAGGAAUACAGGCUAAUUUUAUCAUUAACGGAAGAGUUUCUCAAAAUCCAAAUGUGAUUUACACGUUCUAUUAAAUGAAAGCUUCUCUUUAUCUACAUGGUUACCUUGUGGUAGGAUUGUAGAGUGACAUUUGUAGGAGAUCUUUUUGGAGGAGGAAAACAAAUCCUUAAGUCUUCUAACAGUAGACAUAUAGCUUUAUCUUUCAGUGGAACAUCUAUGUGUGUGUGGGCCUCUUAUAGACUAAUCAAAGAUCACAGCAGAAGUGCCUCAGUUUUGUGUUAUUACCAUGAUGUUAAUAAUAUUAAUGUGUGAAUCAUUGUUUGUAACUUGUCUUAUGUCUGAACAAGGGUGUUUUGUCUCCAUGUGUUGUACACUGGAUCUGCACGCAUUGCUAAAAGUAAAGAGCAAUGUUCUUAAGAUAAAUAAAAAGGAUAUUUGUGUCCUC